UUUGUGUCAUAUUGGUAAAAGCUUUCAUUCAGAUAGAAAAAUGUCAUAAAUAUUGUUACAAUCAAUGUCAGAAUCAUGAAAAAUAUGACUAGAAUACCUUUUUGGCAUCCUUCUUACAGGAGACUACGUGGGAAGGAGAAGCCUAAGUUCCCUCACUCUGCCCUCGUUUCUCCCGUCCAGUCAAGCCAGGGUUCCCUUGAGUGAGGAGCCUCCUCUGUUGAGACCCAAGGAAAGGCACGUGCAGUCACUCAGCUGUUGGAGGUCUGGCUUUGCAGAGUGUGUGGAGCCAUAAGGGCAACAAUGAGUAUUCUCCCCGACCGGAUUCCUUUGGCCCCACUCAUGGACAAGGAAAUAUUUGGCACAGGAGUCAGUAUCAAAGAGGAGCUCAGCGGAGAUGUCACCGAAGAGAUGUGGUUGGAAGUAAAGGAAGAGCCGUACGAUUAUGCAGAUGAAGCAAAUUAUGAAGUGAGUGAAGUGAAAGUGAAGAAUGAAUUUCUUUCCAUCAGGGAUCUUCAAGACCUUAAAAAUGAAGCGAAUGAAAAAGACUCGUGUGAUAUUAUUGAGGAUUGCAACACCUUGUCUAAAGCAUCAUUUGUGGCAGAGGAAAAUGAGAUAAAAUGUUCAUCAGAAGAGAAUGAAGCAAAACAUAAGGAAAAUCAUAAAGAUAUUACACAAAGAAAAGUGGAUAGGAAAUUGAAGUCUUUUGUAUGCGAUGUAUGCGGCAAAAUUUUCUACAGAAAGUCAUGUAUACAGAAUCAUAUGAGAGUACAUACAAAGGAGAAACCAUAUAUCUGUGACAUUGCAAAAAAGCCUUUUCUGAGAAAGGUUCUCUAGUAGAGCACAUGCGAGUACAUACAAAGGAGAAACAAUAUAGCUGUGAUAUUUGCAUCAAAGCCUUUGCAUUGAAAAAUAAUCUAGCAGUGCACUUGAGAGUACAUACAAAGGAGAAACCAUAUAUCUUUGAGAUUUGCAAUAAGGACUUCUCAGAUAGAUCAGCCUUAGUGAGACACAUAAGAGUACAUACAAAGGAGAAACCAUAUAGUUGUGAGAUUUGCAAAAAAAACUUUUCUCAAAGAGAUUCUUUAGUAAGUCACAUAAGAGUACCUACAAAGAAGAAACCAUAUACCUGUGACAUCUGUUAUAAAGACUUCCCAUAUAAAUCUCAUUUAAUGAGACACAUAAGAGUACAUACAAAAGAGAAAUCAUAUAUUUGUGAUAUUUGCAAAAAGGCCUUUUCUCAAAGAGAUUCUUUAGUAAGUCACGUGAGAAUACAUACAAAGGAGAAACCAUAUAUCUGUGACAUUUGCAAAAAAGUUUUUUCUCGGAAAAAUUAUCUAGUAGUGCACAUGAGAGUACAUACAAAGGAGCAGCCAUAUAGCUGUGAGAUUUGUAAUAAGGACUUCACAUUUAAAUCUGAAAUAGUGAAACACAGAAGAGUACAUACAAAGGAGAAACCAUAUAGCUGUGACAUUUGCAAAAAAGCUUUUUCUGCAAAAAGUAAUCAAGUAAGGCAUUUGAGUAUACAUACAAAGGAGAAACCAUAUAGCUGUGAUGUUUGCAAAAAAGCCUUUUCUCGGAAAAAUAAUCUAGGAAGACACAUGAAAAUACAUACAAAAGAGAAGCCAUAUAGCUGUGAGAUUUGCAAUAUAUCUUUCUCAGAUAGAUCAGCCAUAGUGAAACACAUAAGAGUACAUACAAAGUAGACUCCAUAUAUCUAAUAUUUGCAAAAAAGCUUUUUCUGCAAAAAGUCAUCUAGAAGGCAUGUAAGGGUACAUACAAAGGAGAAACCAUAUAGCAUUGAGAUUUGCAAUAAAGACUUCUCAGAUAAGUCUGUCUUAGUGUAUCACAUGGAACAUACAGAGGUUAAGCCAUUUAUGUGUGGUUUCCAAUAAAACCUUAUCUCUAAAAUAUAUUCUAGCACAACAAAAGAGUAAAUGCAAAGGAGCAAUGUGCCUGAGGAUUCUCCGAGAAAUAUGAUUCAGUGAUUAUGAGGAGGCAUGCAAAGUCAAAGUUAAAUAGGCUUUCUCUAGGAUAAAGAAUAUUCUGGUGUACAUAAAAGUCACAUAGAUAUACCUUCACUCAGCGUAGAAAUGAGAAUUACUCAUGGAAAAAUGAUCUGCGAGGAAGACAUCUUCCUUACAUUUUGUGGCAGAUGCAUCAUAGAGUUUGAAGGUUCUCUUUUUCUGACUUAUGUUUCAUAUAAUUUUGUUAAUGUGUAAUUUUGUCUAGAUCUAUCAAGUUAUUUGUGUUAUUUCCUGUAUUUUAGUCUUCUUAGACUUAAUGUCACAUUGGGGCAGUCAAAUGACAUGCUCCUCCCCUCUUCAACAGUCACUAAUAUGGAAGUUAUUGGCCUAUUUAUACAUGUGUUGUAACUUCUAUCAUGAUUUCGUUAUUGCUGUUACAGGAGGAAACUUUAUGUAUUUCAUGUGAAAUACUAAAGAUCUGUAAUAAUAAUUAAAGGAAAGUGCCAUAAGUAAUCACUCAGGGUAAUGUAUUGUUGUAUUUUAGGAAAAGGCAUGAAUAGACAUGAAUAUUCCUUUACUGCAAGAGUUGUAUUUGAACCAUUUCAGUAUAUCCUAUGAUGUGUAUAUCUGAUGAAGAUAUAAUCAAAGUGUAUUAAAUGCAUUUGUUAGAAUGUGAAGAUAUCCAUACUCAUUUUAUACCACUCUAUGUCUAUCACUAUGAACAUUAUUAUUUCUUAUCUUCACUUUCAUUUUGUUGACAACCGUCCUCAGUAUGUAUGAAGCAUUGGCCGUGAGCCAGUCCGCAAGCGAUUAGCCAAUUGACUAAAUGUAAGGGGAAUAUUUACCUUUGUGCCUUGAAUAUUCUGAGAGGAAGGACAGCACCCAACUGUCAUGUCCUCAUAUAUCAUUUUAAUGAUAGGCAUGCCUUCAGCCUUGAAGAUGUGAGGACUUAUGUGUAUACCUAUCAUGUGUUGCUUUAGCAAACAUACAGGUGGGCCAGCUAUACACAACACACUGUUGUAUGAUUACAGCAUAGAAAAUCUUGGCUCUGUCAUGUUAGGGAUAAAUAUGUGUAUAUAUAAAUAUGUGUGUAUAUAGAUAUAUAUACAUAUAUACGUAUAUAUACAUGUAUAUGUAUAUAAAAUAAUCUGUUUAUAUAUACAAUGCAAAACCACACACACUAAUACAUGCAAAAUACUUUUUGUUUUUUGUGUGCAAACAUGUUGAGAUCUUUUUAUUUUAUUAGCCUAUAUCUCUGUAGAAACUGAUACACUGACCAGACAAGCAGAGUGCAAUGCUCUCAAAUAUAUUUCAUGUAUGUCUCAGAUUUAUAUUUUCAUUAUAAAUUGUGUUGUAUGUUUCUUAAUGUAAAGUUCAUAAGCAUAUGUGUCUUUUUUGUGCCACUUUUGCAGUAUAUCAAUUACAUGUCCGCAAUAUAAGGUUAAUGAUAGUUGCUAAAACAACAGGGUAAAAAAAUUUAAUGUUAUUAGUCAUAUGAUGGGAUAUUGACUUCAUUAGGAUAUCUUUGAAAUCAUGAUUUAUUCUUAUGUGAUGAGAACAGAUCUGAUGAUCAAUUCUG